CCCCAGGCCCAGAGGACCCAGCAGAGACCUGUUCGGACGCCCUGUGGAAGGGAAGGCCUGGUAGCUCCCCAAGGUACGACACGGCUAGCCUCCGCCCCAGGGGUCUGGGGGUUGCUGGUGACAACACACGGGGGCCCUUUGCCUUUUGAAUUCCGAGUGGCCGUGGGAACACACCAAAGGCCUGGCCUCACCUGUGGCUUCCUCAAGGCCACAGAGUUGGAGCCGGGGUGGCGUGUGUUUGCUGCCCCCACUUCCCGCUUGGGCCAGCAGCAACCAGUCUAGGGAGGAUGACGAUUAAUUCACAGAACUGAUUACCAUCGAGUGACAGUGUGAUAAUGCCCCUCCCCCACCAGCAAGUCCCCAUUGCCUCAGUCAUGAGUUCCUCCCAAGCCCUGAGUGGCAGAUAGCCCAGGCAGGGUCACCUGGCCAGGAAGUGGCUAGGACAGACGUCAGCCCAGGCCUGACCACCCUGGCAGGGCCCGUGCUCUUGCCCCACACCGUCCUGCCUCCCUGUCCUUCCUGUUAUCCUGAGCAGGUCGGCGGGGCCACUCCUCUCUCCUCCCAGGCCCCCAGCAGCUGUGGGCUGGAGUCCGGCUUCGUUCAAAGUAGGGGGCAGCCCAGCAUCUCGACCUCAUCCCUAGAGCCAGGCCAGGUGCCUGGCUUGUCUCAGCAAAUCCUGACCCCACCUAGGAGGCUACCUACUGCCACCAGCGCUUUGCGGAGGAGAUGAGGUCCCCAUUUGCAAGAGGAGGUGUCUGAGUGGAGCCCUGACCCGGGGCCGGCGCUCACCAUUCCCAGGGUCUGCUCUGGUACAGAGUCCCCUGUUGCCACCGACUCUAGCCCCACUGGCAGGCCGUGGGAGCAGCCCCUGGGUGGGGCUCAGUCUGGGUCCCUCUGCAGGGGGUCUCAGGGCCUGUGACACUGGGAACACUGCCUAGUUCCCCAUAGUCACGUUUCACAACUGAUGGCGAUGGCGCCACUGAGCAGGAAGGGUGAGAAAGAGGCCGUCACCGGAAGCGACAGUGGGGUGGGCAGUGGGGAGGCAGACCAGAGGGACAGAGCUGGGGACCAAAGGACCAGACAGCUGCAGGGCUCUGCCAGCCAUCGAUGGCGACACCUUGGGGCGUGGGGACCCUGCUCCUCCUGCUCCUGGCCUCAGGCGAGGGGGCAGGCCCUGAAGAGCCCCGCAACUUCUGCCUGGGGCUGGACAUCCAGGACCAGUACGACCCCUUCUACUUGAACCGCACCGGGGAGUGCUUUGCCAGGUGCCUGCAGCUGGGGAAUGUCUCCUGCAACCCUGAAAAGCUGGAGAGAUACUGGCUACACUACGAGUUCUACCUGGUGGAGAAGAAUUUGGAGGACAGAGUGGAUAUGCCUUUUGUGAAGGCUUUGGUCCAGAACUUCAGCACCGACACCUCGGAAGAUCUGCUUUUCUCUCUGAAACCCUCUCAGAUUCCGAGGCAGGUGAUGAUGGGCGAGGACAAGCCCCCUGACAGAGUCCGACUUCCCAGGAGCUUUUUCGCCUCCCUGCCGGGCAGCAGGUCUGCAGUCCGGUUGGCCAUAUCUGUUCUGGACAUCGGUGCUGGAGACCUCUUCAAGGGCCCCCAGCUUCGCCUGGAAGAUGGCAGCAGUGUGUUGAACAACCACAUGGUGGGCUUGAGUGUGGGUCGCACCCCUGUCACCAGGCUGCCAGAGCCUCUGGAGAUCACCUUCUCCCACCAACGUCAGCCCCCGAACGCGACCCUCACCUGUGUGUUCUGGGAUGUGAAUAAAGGGCCUGCUGGGGACUGGGACUCCAAGGGCUGCUCCACCGAGCUCGGAGCUGAGGGGACUGUCUGCCACUGUGACCACCUGACCUUCUUCGCCUUGCUGUUGAGGCCCGUCUUGGACCGUGCCACCGCGCAGGUCCUUACUCACAUCUCCCAGGCAGGCUGUGGAGUCUCCAUGAUCUUCCUGGCCUUCACCAUUGUCCUCUAUCUUACCCUGAGAGCCUGUGAGCUGGGCUUGGAAUACCAGGAAGAAUGUCACCAAGAUGGGGCCUGGCAACUUAGGAGAGGUGGACAUUUAUCCCUCAUGCCCCCUCCAGGAAGCCCCACACUCCCAUUCCUCAGGUUCUCCCUGCAGAGAUUCAAGUCCGAAGAUGCCCCCAAGAUCCACGUGGCCCUGAGUAGUAGCUUGUUCCUCCUGAAUCUGGCCUUCCUGGUCAGCGUGGGCAGCGGCUCGGCGGGGUCCCGUGCUGCAUGCUGGAUCCGGGGAGCCAUCUUCCACUACUUCCUGCUCUGCACCUUCACCUGGAUGGGCCUGGAAGCCUUCCACCUCUACCUCCUCGUCAUCAAGGUCUUCAACACCUACUUCGGCCAUUACUACCUGAAGCUGAGCCUGGUGGGCUGGGGCCUGCCUGCCCUCAUGGUCAUUGGCACCGGCAGUGCCAACAGCUAUGGCCUUUACACCAUCCGCGACCAGGAGAACCGCACCUCUCUGGAGCUGUGCUGGUUCCAGAAAGAGCCUGCCCUCUACGCCACCGUCCACGGUUACUUCCUCAUCACCUUCCUCUUUGGUGCCGUGGUGCUGGCCCUGGUGGCCUGGAAGAUCUUCACCCUGAGCAGUGUCACAGCCGGCAAGGAGCAGGGGCAGAGCUGGAAGGCCGUCCUCACCAUCCUGGGCCUCUCAAGCCUGGUGUCUUCAUCUUCUGCUGGUUUGCCAUCCUCUACCUCCCGGGUCAGAUCUCCACGCCUUCUUCCUCGGGGGGCACUGGCCGGCUGGACCAGGCCCCCUCUGUGUCCCAUGAGUAGGUGGCCACGGCCCUGCGCCCAGACUCACCUCCCAUCUGCUGUGUGCCCUCAGCAGCUGCUGCGGAUGCAAGGGCCUCGGUUGCUUCCUCUUUACGGCGCAGCAGAAGAGGAAACGGGUUGGAUCCUGUGGCCUCAAAGGUCCCAUCCAGAUAUGUCCACAGAUCCUAGAGUCCCCGGAUGCAGAUGUGCAAGGGAUUUAGGCCUACAGUCCUGAGACCACCCCCGCCCCCAAGAGCAAAGAGCACACCUUCACCGCCGGCCCGGCCUCCCUAGUGAGCACCCGCUGGCCUCUGUCCACCUCUGGUGUCGCUGGGUCCUGAUCCCAGAGAGUGGGUCGUGGCAGGGCAGCAUGUGGAACGAGCCCCGGCCUCCCUGCUCCUCCCUGUGUGACUGCCCCCCCCCUCUCUGCUUUGGUCCUGGCGAGGGGCAUUCAGGAGGUCAUUGUCCCCUGGGAUACUGGGGGAGUCGUGGACUGGAGGUUUGUUUUAGGGGUGGGCCCAGCCUAGCCUGUCCUGGGCCCAUCCUCGAGGAGCAGACCCCACCAUGCAGGGAACUGCCAGCCCUCCAGGCCCCCCAGGGGCAUUGAACCUCAGAGGCCACUUAGUGUGUGUGUCAACCGGGAGCCCUCCCUCCCCCUUCGUGACUGCCUGGUGGGUGGGCCAGUCGACCUCAGAUCUGCUGUCACUGUGGGGCGGGGGUCAUGGGUCCAGGCUCCCCACAGCUAUUCAUUCAGUGUGUGGGACUCAGGAGAGAGGGGGAGAGGGAUCGUGGGGCAGAGGUGGGCAUUUCUGAGAGUCUGAGCUCCUAAGGGCAGGGACCAGAACAGCUUGGCUCCUCCAUCAGCCCAGCUGAGCACAGGGCUGGGCCCGUGUUGAGCCAAAUAUCGGCACCAAUAAGAUUUCAAUAAAUCUUUGUUGGCUGAACAAA